AUGCCUGCAUCUACUCGAGACGCAACUUUCCCUGCCAAGAUGGCUGCCGCACUCACACCUCAUGGCGCUGAACCCACAAAGCCUACAGGAGCUUACCCUGACACCGUCCAGCAAUCCCUAAAGAGGCGGGAUGCCUUGUUCGGCCGCUUCUGGGCCUCGCUGAAGCAAAGAACAGCUGGACGACCAACCCAGCCCCAGACAGUGAACGGAACGACGAAAAGCAGAGGAGAGUGUAGGCCUACGCAGAGCCCUGUCCGCACAGAAGCUCAAGCAACUCCUAACACGGGCUCUGCUGGGCCGAGAGUCAAAACUCCACAAAGACGCACUCACCGGAUAAACAGAAACCGCAGGAAACAUCAUUUCCGCACCAAGACUCUGUGUCUCUCUCCUCCCCGAAAAGUCACAGGCACCACUAGCCAGAUCUGUCCCACGGUGACAGCGGCGGCAACGGGCUGGAAAGAAGCUCCGUACUGCACCCUAUCUACGGCUGUACUAAGAUGCCUCACCCUCUGCACAAAGAGACUCCAGCGGGCACCUCAGCAACACCCCGCACGGCUCCAGGAGGCAAAAAGGCAUGGCACCGGGACUAUCAUGGCGAGAAACUCUCCCUCCGAGCCUCUUAGCGGCGUGGGCUGA